UUUUGUCCUCUUCCAAGUAUAUUCACACGUAAUCGCAUCCGACAUACUCAAUUGCAGUUUCUUGUACCUGCAGAUACUAAUAUCUCUGAUGAAACGGCUAUUUCUGCAGCCACCACGAACACUUCUACCAACGCCGAUUCUAGUAACUUUAUCGAGCCUCCCCUCAAGAAUACUUCUAAGAUUCGUGUUUCAGAGCCAACAGCUUUUGUCGCCUCUAAUGCUGCAAAUGGUCAAUUCAAUUUUCCUCAGCCCCCUCCAGCUAAGGACUUCGCGAGUUUAGCACGUCAUGUGCUUCCAAUUGCAGGCUACCUUGGCCCAUAUUCUUCUCGACAUGUCUUACUUUUGUGCAAAUUAUGCCGUCUUGGUGCAGCGUAUUUCUCCUUACAGGUGUGA